AUGCUUCGCACUGGUGAAGAUCCGUCGGUUUACAAGUGGGAGUUUGAACAACUUCUAGAAAAAGCCGACCCCGACCUCGCUGUAGAAACCAAAUCUGCUCAUUUGUCCCGCCAAUUCAUGCGUGGUCUGGCGAGCUCUAUACGAGGAAAACUUUUGGCUCACAAGCCCAUACCAACCUUAAGCGAGACGCUAAGUUUUGUCCAACGUUAUCAAGCGAUCGAAGACCGUGACGUCCCUGCACAUACGAGCGCAAGCGCAUCAACAGACAAGCAGGCAGCGGACAAGGACCAACUCGUGGGUUUAAUGACCGAACUGGUAACUCGACAGAAAGCGCUCGAAGACCAAGUGGCCACUUCCGAGCAGUUAUAUGCAGCAGCAAUCAAGCAAAACGAACGUCCACGACCAAAAAUUACGUGUUUUCGAUGUGGAAAACAAGGCCACAUUGCUCGAGAGUGUCGCAGUUCAAGCCAACGCCAAGACUGCUCCAACGUACAAUGCUACGAAUGCGGGAGAUACGGACACUUCGCCCGUGAAUGUGGGAACUAUGCGCCUUUAAACUUCCAAGGGCCGUCUCGAGGAACCACCGGACGGUAGACAGCCCCGAAACAAGUAAGAACUGUGACUUUAUUAAUAAUUCUACUAAUUAUUUUAAUGAUAGCUUUUGCCAGAACAUCCAUUUGUUGCCUGUCUCAUUGACGUCGUACCUGUCAAUGCUUUGUUAGAUACUGGAUCAAUGAGUCUUUUAUUAGCGAUAAAGUUCAUUUGAUUUUGACUGCGGUCGAUUAGAUAAGUCGCAGUCACAGCAUUGUACCUCAAUUACUGGAGGGGACUUAAAUACUGCAGGAAUCGUAUCUACGAGCGUGACCUUUUCACGUUCUAAACAUAACUAUCAUAGUUCUUUUCUUUUUAGUAGUAAUAUACCGUAUGAUUGUAUUUUGGGAUGGGACUUUAUUACGCAGCAUAAAUUAAGUGUUCAAGGGGAUUUAUUGGGAGGGCGAAGUCGUUUUCAGUUCGUGGGGACCUAUGGGAAAAUCCCAAUACAUCCGGAGCAUCCAGCAAUGAAGGUGCAAUCGAACUGAGUUGUGAAUACAGAGGCCAAAUCACGCGUUGUUUACACCAAUGCGGUACUUGUGCAAUCUCAGUUGAAAGGUGUCAAUAAAGUAAUUCUGUGGGAAGGAGUGGCAAUUCCGGUUCGAUCGGAAAUGGUAAUUGAAGGUAAGAUACAGGCGAAAGAUAUUUCACAAGUUGGCAUGAUAUCAGCUAGUCAGGCAGACACUUACAAGGAUUGCAUGUAACUCAUUGUCACCCCUGUAGGUAAAAUCGUACCAGUCCGAAUAGCUAAUACUACAACAAACGAAACUGAAUUACCGAAAGGUUGCAAAUUGGCGGAAUUUUUUCCCAUACUUGAGCAAGAAGAUGUUGCCAACAAUAAAAUUCCGGUUAAUUGUAAUGCCGUGCAAGCAGAUAAUCUCGGGCAGAAAAUCGAUUCCGGUUUAAUUAGAUGCGGGUUUAAGUAA